CAGCUACUGUGUCUCUGGAGCAAGAGUCAGAGUGGGAUCACAACACCAUGAGAGCCCCACAAGACCACACCUGGGAGAAGGAAAUACCAGCAAAAUGGACCCUGAACUGCUGAACCUCCCACUUGCAGUCAAGAUCCCUGUGGCACCUGGAUCCAAGCCUGUCUUCUGCAGGGGAAAGCUGGGUGAAAAGCUCCACUGUCCAUUUCCUUAUUUCACUCUGGAUGAUCCCUACUGCCACCACCUCAGCCCAGCAUACAACUGCCUGCAUGACCCCGUCCUUCGGGACUACCACAAGCGCAAGGAUGUGCUGCAGUUGCUGAAGAAACAGGGCUUUGUCACCAGUGACAACAAGGUGAUUUGCACUGUGAAGGAGUUCAAUGAGUACAGGCAGUACCUGACCAGGACCAAGCUGCAGUCAGAGCAAUUCUUGAGGCAACAAGAGGAAGGGCUUCUGCCAUCCUGGGCCCAAUUAAAGCAUGGCCCCAACCUGCCAGGAACUGCCAACACUUCCUGCCAGGGGAAGCGGCGGCUGCAGCCUCAAAAGCCUUCUAGCCUACCCAAGGGCCAAAAAUCAGGGGGAUGCAGAAAAGGGAGAGCAGCUUUGAACAAGGGCCAAACUUACUCCAGAGCUGAGCUGGGCCAGAAGGAUGCCAGCACUGCUGCUGACUCCCAGAGGAAGCCAGAUGGCACUAUCAGUGGCCUGUUGAAUGCUGUGUUUGAGCAACUAACUGCAGCAGAAGCCAAGAAGCUUGAAGAGCUGGUUGAGAUUGUGGUAUAUAGAGUGUUGGAGAGGUUGAAGAUUCCUGGGAAUCAGCAUGUCAGCUUUUUACAGAGGGCUGCUCAGGGAAUCAGAGGAAGAUUUUUUGGCUGCAUGGGAGCAGAACUUUCGGAUACUUCUCUAGAUCACCAUCAGAAAAUGGAAGUGAUGGCAAAAGAGCUUGUAGCAACAGUGUUGGAGAUCUUGGGGGACCAUCUGGCAUCCAGCAUAUCCAAAGCUGCUGAGACAGGGGUGGCAGCCAAGUGGGAGGGGCUGCCUCUUUCUGGAAGAGGCACCCAAGCAGACAAAUCCAAGGUCACUGCAGACAGAGCACUUUCACAGACUUCCCUUGACACACUCACCAGAGAAGUUGUUGAGAGUGUUCACUACACCUUGGAAUCCUCUGUAACUUCUCAGUUUGAACAAGACACUGGCUGUGAGUACACCAAAAUCCUGGAGCUUCCUGAGGGUAAUGUCUCCAACAGACAAGUGCAGCCGUCCCAGACACUUCCAAAGCAGGGCAUGGAAGCAGGACAAGGAUUCCCCAGAGCAUCUGAACAGCAGAGCCUGAAAGCAAUGUUACCUGCCCCUGCAAAAGGGACUGGGUGUCCCAAAACCACGGAACCUGAGGAUUGUGCAAUGGUGAAGGAGAAUUUGGAAAGAAAAAUGAAAAGGUCAACAGCCUUAGCCAACACUUUGGAUAUAAGGACCAUGUCAAAUCGGAUUGCUGACUCAGUACUAGAGCAGAUCAGUGAAUCUGGGCCUGCACCAGCCCCUGACAAGAAUUUUCAAGGACCUGUUGCAAACCCACCCACAUCCCAAGGUGGAAUGGAGAGCCGUGCCGCUGAGGACACUCUCCCUGCCAUGGACCCAUAGCCUUCCCAACAGCCCAUCCCUCCAGCCCAGGCCAGAGCACAGCACAGAGCAGAGCGCCCAAAGCUCAUCUUACACAAGUGAGGUGUGUGACUGGAGAGCUGAAGAGCCCUCAGACAGCAAACACAGACCACAUCCUUGUGGUGGCAAUAAAGAGUUUAUUUCCAA